AUGCCGGCGUCUGCUGUGGCAAGGCCGGCUCAUAGCCAUAAUAAGGGGUUAUUCAAUAAUACGGCCGGCUUUAGUACACUGAUCACGGUUACUGUUCUGUCACUAGCUUGGCUGGCCGGUUUUGCAUCCCGGUUAUUCGCUGUAAUACGUUUUGAAAGUAUAAUUCACGAAUUCGAUCCAUGGUUUAAUUACAGAUCCACAGCAUACAUGGUACAACAUGGUUUCUAUAACUUUCUUAAUUGGUUUGAUGAACGCGCCUGGUACCCACUUGGUCGCAUUGUUGGAGGAACAGUGUAUCCUGGUCUCAUGAUAACAUCGGGUACAAUACAUUGGAUUCUCCACACUCUGAAUAUCCCGAUUCAUAUAAGAGAUAUUUGCGUGUUUCUUGCUCCUGUAUUCAGUGGUUUAACAGCAAUUGCAACAUAUCUCUUAACAUCAGAGUUAUGGUCAAGGGGUGCAGGUUUAUUUGCUGCAUGUUUCAUAGCCAUAGUGCCAGGUUACAGUAGCCGUUCAGUGGCAGGAAGUUAUGACAAUGAGGGCAUUGCCAUUUUUGCACUGCAGUUUACAUAUUACCUGUGGUUGAAGAGUGUAAAAAGUGGAUCAGUAUUCUGGUCGGUUUGCACUGCUAUCUCCUACUUUUACAUGGUAUCAGCAUGGGGUGGAUAUGUGUUUAUUAUAAACUUAAUACCUCUGCACGUGUUUGUCCUUCUUAUUAUGGGAAGAUUUUCACAGAGAUUGUUUGUCAGUUACACUGUAUUUUAUAUCUUGGGAUUACUGCUGUCGAUGCAGAUACCAUUUGUUGGGUUCCAACCUAUACGCACAAGUGAACAUAUGGCUGCAUCAGGUGUAUUUGCACUUUUAAUGGCAAUUGGUACCCUGAAGUACUUACACAGUCUUAACCCCAAAGGCCAGUGGAAACAAUUACUAAUAUUAGGAGGGUUAAUAGCAGCCGCUGCUGUUUUCAUUGUUGUUGUGUUAUUGACUUAUAUGGGUGUUAUUGCACCUUGGAGUGGCCGAUUUUACUCCUUAUGGGAUACUGGCUAUGCCAAGAUCCACAUUCCAAUCAUUGCUUCAGUGUCAGAGCAUCAGCCCACCACUUGGUCAUCAUUCUUCUUUGAUUUGCAUGUACUUGUGUGCACCUUCCCUGUGGGUUUGUGGUACUGUAUUAAGCAUAUCAAUGAUGAGAGGGUUUUUGUGGCCCUUUACGCGUUAAGUGCGGUAUAUUUCGCCGGGGUGAUGGUUCGGUUGAUGCUUACCCUGACACCAGUGGUUUGCAUACUGGCGGGCAUAUCUUUCUCGAUUCUUCUCGAUUUGGUAUUGAAGGAAGAAGACGCGCCCGCACCACAUUUCGAGUCGGACGAGUCUAAAAAUCUGUAUGAUAAGGCCGGCAAGUCGAAGAAGCGCUCGCACGAGCCUGUCCCGCCCAUCGACUCCGGCCUGGGUAUGAACGUGCGCUCCGCCACGCUGAUCGUCUUCAUGAUCCUGCUGAUGCUGUUCUCCGUCCACUGCACGUGGGCCACGUCGAACGCCUACUCCAGUCCGAGCAUCGUGUUGGCCAGCUACGGCAACGACGGUUCUAGAAAGAUCUUGGACGAUUUCCGGGAGGCCUAUGGUUGGCUGUCUCAAAACACCGCGGAGGAUGCGAGAGUGAUGUCGUGGUGGGAUUACGGCUAUCAGAUCGCCGGCAUGGGCAACCGCACGACCCUCGUGGACAACAACACGUGGAACAACUCGCACAUCGCGCUGGUGGGGAAGGCGAUGGCGAGCAACGAGAGCGCCGCGUACGAGAUAAUGACGAUGCUGGACGUGGACUACGUGCUGGUGAUAUUCGGCGGCGCCAUUGGGUACUCGGGCGACGACAUCAACAAGUUCAUAUGGAUGGUGCGGAUAGCGGAGGGGGAGCACCCGAAGGACAUACACGAAGCCGAUUAUUUCACGGAGAGGGGUGAAUACCGGAUAGACUCCGAGGCCUCAAAGACUAUGUUAAAUUGUUUAAUGUACAAAUUAUCAUAUUAUCGAUACGACAGUGGCGGGAGCCCGCCGGGCUAUGAUCGCACUCGUGGCUCGUUGCCUGGCAACCGCGGCUUCAAACUCACCUACCUCGAGGAGGCGUACACCUCAGAGCACUGGCUCGUCAGGAUAUACAGAGUGAAGAAACCCGAUGAGUUCAACCGUCCCCGUAUACCACUGGCCAAGAGAACGGUUCCAACGUCUAAUGCUAUCUCAAAAAAGACGUCGAAGCGGAGAAAAGGCCUCCUAAAGAACAAGCCGACGUUGGUUAAGGGCAAGAAAUUGAGCCGUUUGGAG